AAGCGGAGCAUCAGCUGCGGUGUGUCGGAGAGUGAGAAACUUCCCUCACUUCUUCUCCCGUGCUUUCUCUCUCCCAAAUUCCCUCAGACACCCUUUCAUUUAAGUUUUUCCCGGAGCGCCACCGCUACCGGUGCCUCUAUCAACAGGCGGGUACUUGCUGGGUUGGGUUUUUAUUUUGGUGUCGUGUCUUUGCUCUAUUUGGACUCUCUCAGGAGGGGUUACUACCCGGUUCGUUAAGGACUUCGGGUGGAGUGACUCGACCAAGUUACCCCCCCCCCGCCAAUUCUGCCUGAGGAAUGAGAGGACAGCCGGAGAGGAAAAGACGAAACUCGCAUGUUUGAAUGAACAAAAGAACAGAAAGUGAGGGUACUGCCGCCGAAAUGGAGGAAACUACUCUACCAGGAGCAACAUCUCCCGACUCGGAUCUGAACACAAACCCCACAAGGCCUGACCCGGAGGGGGAGAGCAGCCCCCCGAAGACAGACAACACCCAGAGAAUGGAGUCUCCAGCCAAGAAAGAUAUUGACCGGAGAUUGACUACCCCCACAAAAUCUGACGUCAUCCCUCGAUCACCUGGGUCACCUGCAUCACCCAUCCCCAGGUCGAAAAGGAAGGAAGACAUCAUCAAGUCAGAGGAGAGGCAGAAGCUUGCCAAGGAGCGGAGAGAGGAAAAGGCCAAAUAUCUUGAAGAGCUCAGCAUGUUACAAGCUGCUAAAAAGAACCAGUGGUUGGAGAAGGAAGAGAAGGCACGGCAGCUGAGGGAGCAGCAGCUGGAGGAGCGCCGCAGGAAGCUCGAGGAACAGCGGAUCAAGGCGGAAAAGCGACGAGCUGCUCUGGAGGAGAGACAGAAACAGAAACUGGAGAAGAAUAAAGAACGUUAUGAGGCAGCCAUCCAUAGGUCAACCAAGAAGACGUGGGCAGAAAUCCGCCAGCAAAGAUGGUCCUGGGCCGGCGCAUUAAGCCACAACUCAAGCCAGAAAGAAAGCAGAUGCUCUGUGUCAACGGUCAACCUGCCCAAACAUGUGGAUUCUGUUAUAAACAAGCGACUGUCCAAGUCCUCCGCCACGCUCUGGAACUCCCCCAGCAGAAACCGUAGUCUUGCACUGAGUCCAUGGGAGAGCAGUAUAGUCGACCGGCUGAUGACGCCAACACUGUCUUUCCUUGCUAGGAGCCGCAGUGCUGCCAGUGUCCUCAGCAAUGGCAAAGAUGGCCACUCUGCUCUCUGCCCCCGUUCGGCCUCAGCCAGUCCCCUCACCUUGUGUGCUCACCAGCCCCACCACCGCUGCGCCGACCGCUGGAGGGUGACGUCCAGCACACCAGACAUCACCCAGCGCCAACAAAGAAGGAGCUCCACACCUAUGGAUAAAAACAAGAAAGAAAAGAAAGACAAGGAACGGGAGAAUGAGAAGGAAAAAAGUGCCCUCACUAAAGAGAAGGUGCUUAAGAAGAGACAGUCUCUACCCAGCAUGAGACACAGACCUGAUCCAAGUCCCAGUCCUUUAUCAAGACAACGGCCAUCAUCCCCAGCCACGCCUAAGGGCAGAACUGCCUCUCCAAGCCCAGCUGCCUCACCCAAGCCUCCAUCAGCACGUGGAAGCCCGUCAACUCCUAAAAGUCGGCCCAAAAGAGCCAGGACCCCUGCCAGGAUAGACCACCGCACCUCCUCCCCCGCCCCCCUUGAAAGAGUGAAGGAGCCUCGGAGGCCCGCCACUCCAGAGGAAAGAAAGAGUUCCCCUGUGCUUCCUGCCAUCGUAGUCUCCUCAGCCGCUGCCUCACCCCACACAUCAAGCACGCCAGUUACGACCACUGCAGCCUCCCACUCACCUGAACCAGCCAAUUCAGCUACUUCUGUCCCUGCAGUAUCACCUGCACCAUCUCCAUCAGCCAAGCCCAUGGCGGGUACAAACAACCCAGAGGAGGCAGCUCGCAUCCUGGCAGAGAAACGCCGACAGGCCCGAGAGCAGAGGGAGAGGGAUGAGCAGGAACGUCGUGAACAGGAGGAGAAAGAGAGGAUCCUGAGAGAGGAGCGAAUAGCGAGGGAGGCAGAGGAGAGGCAACGCAGGGAGGAGGAGGCCCGUGCCAUGGCCGAGGAGCAGCGGAGGAGGGACAAAGCCCAGCGCCUGCAGGAGGAGCAGGAAGCUCAGGAGAGAGCCAAAGCUGAGCAGGAGGAGAACCUACGCCUGCAAAAACAGAAAGAAGAGGCUGAGGCUAAGGCCCGGGAGGAGGCAGAGAAGCAGCGUCUGGAGAGGGAGAAACACUUCCAGAAGGAGGAGCAGGAGAGGCUGGAGAGGAAAAGGCGUCUGGACGAGAUCAUGAAGAGGACACGCAAGACAGAUGGAGGCGACAAGAAAGAGACAAAGUCCUCCCCUCUCACACACGUCAAUGACAAAGAGGCAGAGGGCAGCAAAGCAUCUGCUGAAUAUCAGCCAAAGCCAGAGGUCAACCUGCCCAAUAACAAGACAGAAAAUGGACAGACCAACGUGAAUGAAAGCAGCCCCUCAGUCCAAGUGGUCAAUGGGGUCCAGCCUACGAGACAUGAAAAUGGUCUAUCCUCUAAAGGAGACACUUCCCACUUUGGAGAUAUCAUCCAUCUCACGAAUCAUGGCAACACCACCAACGGAGCACGCAAUAAGUCUGACACCAGCAUGGCCACCGAGCCGAUCCUCACAUUUGAAAGUGAGGAGUCAUUCAUGAAGAAGGCAGGCCCCAUAAAGGCCCAGCAUGUUGCAGAAGUCCUGUGACAUGUUCCAGUGUUGAAUUGCUCGUGGCCAUGGGCCUCUGACUCUUUCCCUGCCUGCCAACGCUCGCUUGGGGGAGCCCUGUGACCUGUGUCAAUCAACAUCCCUUUUCUAAGCCCCUAAAAGCAAACACACUUCUCUCUGAAGUUGAAGUGGGCCACAGAAGAUGACGACCAAGCAUCAGGACACAAGCAAAAGACAAACCAGGAUUAGGUGUUGCUCCAUGCAACACAGGUGCGUCAGUGUUAACAUCUUUGUGGAGCCGAGUCCAUGCACCUUAAUACUCGUAUCAUCCUUUGUACAUUACAGUACAGCUGAGUAAUUAUUACAAUAAGCUGAAGUGUUUGUUUUCUUUGUUCUUUAGUUAUUUAACUGAAAGAGAAAUAUAAAAAGACUGGGUACAUUUUUGUGAAUAAUGUAAAUUAAGUUUGUGUGAUGGACGAAGGAGGGAUGGGUCUAUGGAUUAAAGUUGUAUGAAAGGGAGUCAUUUUAUGCUGCUCUGCUAUGAGUAGACCUGAAGUGAAGCCCAGGUAUUAUACAUCCUGGUCUGUAUAAAGCUACCUGUAACAGUUUCUGUAAAAUUAAACCGAGAAUUCUGGAAAGACAUUUGAAAUGGAAGUUCACAUGCAACAGCUUCUUACUGUGUGCAAACAUACUGUCUGCCUCUACUGGAUAUAAUGAGUUUGCAACCUUGAUGAUUAAGAAGCCAGAAGUCAUCUAAGGUCAAAUCCCUAUAAACAGGGAUUUACUCCACUAUUUAACAGUUAAAGCUGUUUUUUUUUUCCACAUGUGCAAGCAUGACUCAGUUUUCUCUCAUUUACAGCGAGAUUCCAUGGAGUCUUAUGUAUUUGAAAUGCUGGUGCGUGUACAUGCCAUUAUUUUGAUGUGCGUUACAAGGUCAGUGAGAUUAUCUUAAAUCGUAUUAAAGACAAGCUGUCCAGUC